UUAUGCAGAAUCGCAGUAUUUUGAUUAUUGAUUAUUACUUCCAGCACCUGGUUAUUUGUUUCCAUUGCAAGAACCUUGGUGAAGUAAAGGGAGUGAAAGGGUUAAAUACGUUAAUCCAUGUGCUCCCACGCACGCGACAGUCAUCUGAAGAUCCCCAGCUCAGCAGGACGCAGUGGGAGUGGGUUUGACCAUCACACCGUAUAAAGAUGCGUCCUUUUGCAUGUGUACACCGCCAGCGUCAUUGUUCAACUGGCAGGCGUCAAACAGAGAGCCGCUGUCGUGUCUCAUGGUAGUGGUUUACAGUGGAGUACCGCUGCGGUUCUCACCUCUGGAUCCACCAUCAGGACACGAGCCUGCAGUGGAAGACACUCCAUCAUGUCGGGCCAGUCGGACACUCUUCAGUUCCGUUUCCCAACCCUUGGUGACUCCAUCCUCAGUAAAAUGAAUGCUCUGAGGGAGGACCAUCGCUUCUGUGAUGUGACCCUCCUGCUUGGUGGUCCCCAGGGGGCCUAUGUACGGCCUCUCCAUUUUCAUGGUCACAAAGUGGUUCUGGCGGCGUCCUCUGACUUCCUGCGUGACCAGUUCUUGCUUCAUGAAGGUCGGGCCGAGCUGAGUGUCGGGGUAGUUUCCAAUGUGGAGAUUGGGAAAAGAUUGCUCCUGUCCUGCUACACUGGACUCCUAGAGGUCCCUCUAAGAGAACUGGUAAACUACCUCACUGCCGCCAGUGCGCUCCAGAUGGCUCAGGUGGUGGAAAAGUGUGCUCAGGCCCUCUCCCGAUACCUUCGUCCUACAUUGGCUUUCUUGAAACUCGACAGCCACUCAGAGGAAGAGGAUAUCCAGACGCCAGACGGCGGUUGGCCACACACCAAUAUUAUAAAACAAGAGGAAAGGGAUGCAGACCAGCCCAGCACAGCAUGGGUCCAGGCAGCAAGUACUGGGAAAAGGGAAGUGGUUGUGAAUAAAUCCAUGUUAGGGGUCAAGGUGGAUAGUGAGGGACCAUGGGAAUUUGGAGAAGAAAGGAAAGUGUUUAAAGCUGAGAUUCAGACAUCUGAGGACACAGCAUGUUGUCUUAAGACCUUGGACACAGAGAAGGUUAAAGGCUUCCAGCCUGCAAGCAAUCUCUCCUAUAAAGUCCAUCAUAUUACAGGUGCUCUGAAAUGUAAGCUGCAUCCUACUACAGCCCUCACACACCUUAUAUCUUCUACAACCAGAGAAAGUCCUGCAUCGGCCGAUGGGCUGGUGGAUAGUUCACAGGAUCAAGAUGAGGAUGAAGAACAAGAACAAGGAGGAGAAGAGCAACAAAUGAUGGCAACACCUCUGUCAGAGUCAGACGACUCCCUUAGUUUCUCUAGAUCACAUAUGUUGAAGAGUCGCACUGAUGGACAUGCAGCUGCAGUGGAAGCAGAUAACCCUUUGGUACAGAGGCCAUACCUGUGCAGACGCUGUGACAGAGUCUUCCAGCAUCUGGAGAACUAUGUUGGACACCUGAAGGAGCACAAGCAGUACCUGUGUUUAGUUUGUGGAAAAAGCUUCUCCCAGAGGAGCAACCUGACACGACAUAUACGCGUCCACACUGGUGUCAAGCCUUUCAGAUGUCCACUGUGCCAUAAGACAUUUUCCCAGAAGGCAACGCUGCAAGAUCACCUCAAUCUGCACACAGGGGACAAGCCACAUAAAUGUAACUACUGUGCUGUACACUUUGCACACAAACCAGGCCUUAGGCGCCACCUGAAGGACAUUCAUGGUAAGAGUACUCUGGAAAAUGUGCUUGAGGAAGCUGCAGAUUGAAGCUGACAAAGCAGUUUUUGCAUAAAUGUUAGUCAGUAAAAAAAGUCGUUAUGGUUCUUUAAUUUUUACAGCUUGACAGACAGGAAGUGCAGAAAUGUAUUACUUUAAGUCAAAUUGUGAUAGCAUUCACUGAUGCGACUCUGAUUUAACAAAAUCCCAAAGCACAUAUGAGUUCAUUACAGCUACACAGUGUCUCCUGUCAUACAGAUUAAGAGACACUGUUGCAUUUUCACUGUUCCAUCUGGCUGAUGGAAAUUAGAGUCCGACCUUCUGCAGAGUACAGACAAUAAAAUAUCAAAAACAUAGUGUUGGUUGAAUUUACCUGUAAUUACUGCAGCAAAUGUAGAGCAUACCUGAUAAAGAAAAUAAAAAGCAUUUACAACUGA